GCCUUGCAAGAUACGUCUACGUCUACCAUCAUUCAACGUCGGUUUACCUUUUUUUUUUGCUGAUUUCUCCGAAAAUUUCCUCUCUCGCCGUCGCUGCUUCACAAUCCCAAUAAUCCUCCAAUUAUUUCUCAUAUAAAAACACUCCUCACCAUAUUUUUACUAUAGUAGGAGUAGUAUUUAUUGGAAGCAUUCAAUCUUUACUCAAUCCAGCUUGAUUUUUCUUUGGGCGACAAACCCUUAACAUCAGGAAGCUAUAAUUCUGCCAAUUCUAUUACUGAUGUCGAGCUCGAAUAUGUCUUCGCUGGCAUUGCCAACACAAGGAGCCGAUCAAUCAGAGAACUCGAACGCAAAUCCAUCCAUUCCUACACAGCAUCAGAGUCGGGGUUCCCUGCAUGUGCCUGUGGCAAUCCUUUGGGACAUUGAGAACUGUCCCGUGCCAAGUGAUGUAAGGCCCGAGGACGUGGCUGGUAACAUCAGGAUGGCUUUGCGGGCUCAUCCUCUUAUUGGUGGAGCGGUCACUAUGUUUUCUGCCUAUGGGGAUUUCAAUGCUUUCCCCAGGCGGCUACGAGAAGGCUGCCAGAGAACUGGUGUUAGGCUCAUUGAUGUUCCAAACGGUCGAAAGGAUGCUGCUGAUAAGGCUAUCUUAGUUGAUAUGUUCCUUUUUGCUCUCGAUAACCCUCCACCCUCUCCCAUCAUGCUUAUAUCAGGAGAUGUUGAUUUUGCUCCUGCUCUUCACAUUCUAGGUCAGAGAGGAUACACUGUUAUUCUUGUUAUUCCAUCUGGAGUUGGUGUCUCGUCUGCUCUGAGUAAUGCUGGGAGGUUUGUUUGGGAUUGGCCUAGCGUUGCUCGUGGGGAAGGCUUUGUGCCCCCCGCCAAGGGGUUGAAACCGCCUUGUGUAGGUGCUGCAGAAGUUACCAGGCUUUUAAAGGGAUGUCAGGUCAAUGAUGGUGUUGAAGGCCAGAAUGAAGAAGAAUCAAUAGUGUAUCAGGGAGCUUCAGGAGGCUGUUAUAGUAAUACUAAAGAAGUUCCGGUCGUGUCACAGUCUCUAUCUGAAUAUAGUAGUAGUUCAGUAGUAAAGCUCCAAAAUCCUAUGAGUGGAAGAUCACACAGUCCUCCAUUUGGAUUUAACGAAGCUUCAGCGGGAACACCUGUUAAUUGUGAGCAACACGACGUGAUGUGGGUGCAGCCGGGAGAUCUCAUUGGUUUGAAGUUACAAUUGGUAAAGUUACUCGAAUUGUUCGGUGGCUAUUUGCCUCUAACUCGUCUUCCAGCAGAGUACCAGAAGAUGUACGGCCGGCCUCUGUAUGUUUCUGAAUAUGGUGCUGUUAAGCUCGUAAAUAUCCUGAAAAAGAUGGUUGGCUCAAUCAGUGUCGAGGGGAAAGGCAAGAGGAAGACUGUCUGCCUCCGUAAUCCAAAGCCCGAAUCAGUUGGUCCUACGCCCACAGUGAUUUUAGCUAGGCGGGAUAAGAAAGGAAAAGCGUCCAUGGAAGAUAACCUCAACAUAAUGGCUGGAGCUUGUUCUUCAGAUGAGUUGUCAGAUGAAGAAAGGACGGCUAUUGAGGAAAGCGGUGGUCAGAGGGGAGGAGGAGAGAAAUUUAGCUCUGAGACAACGGGUGAUUCACAGGCUAUUGAUAACCUUAAAAGGUUUAGAUAUGAGCUUCAAGACAUCUUGGUAAGCUACUCUUGUCAAAUUUUUCUUCAAAGCUUUGAGACAAUUUAUCAUCAACGAUACAAAAGACAGCUCGAUUAUACGAACUUUGGAGUGAGCCAUCUUGGAGAGCUUCUUGAUAAGGUGAGAGAUAUCGUGGUGGUGCAGGUGGAUCCGGUUAGUAAAAGGGAAUUUAUGAUUGCUAUUGGUGCAUAGUUGAAACAUUUUGUUGCAUGGUCGGGCCUAGGUGGGGUCUCGUCUUCGUCAUCACGGUGGUUGUUCUGUGUUACCUUGAUGUUUUUUUUUGAAGUGGAGAACGCAGAGUCUGCAUUACCCGUGCUGUGUAAUGCAGUAUUGUUGUAUUUUAUAUGGAGCGGUUACUACUCAAACACUGAAUCUGAUCAGCCCAAUUGGGAGAUCUUUCUGUAUAUCUUGAAUUAUUGACUUGCAAUACAUGACCAGAAAUUCUCUUCACUUUAACUCUCUUGUUCUUGAUAAAGAUCAAACCUUUGCAUUUUCCUGAUUUUGACUACUUUGAAGCAAUACCAUCAUCACUGUAGGCUGUUUCUUGCAAGAUUAGUGUCACACCUAGUUUCCCUCCGGCUGCUACCGGAGAAGUGCAUACAAGUGAAUAGCGGCGGCUUAUUGACACCGGGAUCCAUUCUGGUUCAUUUAAGACGUCUGCUUCCUCGUGCCAGAGAAAUGAGAGACGCACGCACCUGCUACGCACAUUGGAAGCGUGUAGUUGUGCUCGAGAUGCAGAGCUGUUUAUCCGGGUAUCUGUUCCGAGAGCAUAUGCUCGUAUCUCGUGGCAUAUUUGUAAUUUUAGUUGUGUCUGUAUCCAGACAUGGGACAUCCAGUUGCAGAAAGUAAUGAGAUUGUAAUUUUUUGAUUGCAAAAACAUUA